CUCUUCUGGCUGAUCUCUCAACAUGACCACCACGGAACCUACGGCGCGCAUCGACGAAGCGCACGAGCACUUCCAGCGUCGUCGUGACAUUGUGGAUCUCCAAAAGGAAGUAGACAGCACAGAAAAACUCCAAUACACUGAAGAAGAUCUCAAUGCAAUUCAGAUUCGCACUUAUCGAAUGGUCUCGGGCAAGGACAGCGAACCUACUUUUAAGCCCUGCUUCUUCAUGCCGUACAAGGGCGAGCUCAGUGAAGACCCUUACAAUGAGCAGCUUGAGCCAUCACGGUGGAAACGGCAGCAGUAUAGGAAGAAGUGCUUUUUGCACCCAUUCGAGUGGGUUCAGGAUAUGGCUCGGUAUUUCGAUGACUACAGCUCGGCUCAAUUCGUCGAGUUCGGGAAAGGAAAUUCACCCCUUGGCUCCAUAUUUCGGUAUGAAUUCCCGACCACCAUUCCAAGUCAAGGUCUCUACGUGAAAGAGGAUAUCACGCCGAGUUCUAUGAAUGGUAUGCUGUUUCUGCUUCCAGUCGUCAAGUUCCGAUACGCUUCCCACAGUUUGUAA